UACGACGCUUAUAUAAUUAAAAUAAUCAAGAAUAAAAUAAAAGAUUCAACAUGUCGAAAAUAAAGGCUGGACCCGUUGUUGACGUCCUCGGGGACGAGAUGACCAGGAUCAUCUGGGACCUUAUCAAGAAUAAGCUUAUUUUACCGUUUUUAGACAUCGAAUUACAUACAUACGACUUGGGUAUGGAAUACCGCGACAAGACUGACGACCAGGUCACAAUUGACUGUGCUAACGCUAUUAAGAAAUACAACGUAGGUAUUAAGUGCGCCACGAUAACCCCCGACGAGAAGCGCGUCGAAGAAUUCAAAUUGAAGCAAAUGUGGAAAAGUCCCAAUGGGACGAUACGUAAUAUUCUCGGUGGAACCGUCUUCAGGGAGGCCAUCAUCUGCAAGAAUAUUCCCCGUCUCGUGACCGGCUGGGAGAAGCCUAUCAUCAUCGGUCGUCACGCCCACGCCGAUCAAUACAAGGCGACCGACUUCGUCGUGCCCGGGGAAGGCAGGCUCGAACUCAUCUUCACCCCCAAAUCAGGGGAACCCAUCAGACAAGUCGUCAACGAUUACAAAGGUGCAGGAGUAGCUCUCGCCAUGUUCAACACUGAUGCGUCCAUCGUCGACUUCGCCCACUCCUCGUUCAAGUUCGCCCUGGACAGGAAGUAUCCCCUCUACCUGAGCACAAAGAACACGAUCCUCAAGAAGUACGACGGCCGCUUCAAGGACAUCUUCCAGGAAAUUUACGAGAAGGAUUACAAGGAUCAGUUCGAAGCUGCGGGCAUCUGGUACGAGCAUAGGCUCAUCGACGACAUGGUGGCGUACGCGAUGAAAUCCGAGGGUGGUUUUGUGUGGGCCUGCAAGAAUUACGAUGGCGACGUCCAAUCUGACUCCGUCGCCCAGGGCUACGGCUCCCUCGGCUUGAUGACAUCGGUGUUAAUCUGCCCGGACGGCAAGACCGUGGAGGCUGAAGCGGCCCACGGAACCGUGACGAGGCACUACCGCUUCUACCAGCAGGGUAAGGAGACCUCAACCAACCCGAUAGCUUCCAUCUUCGCCUGGACCAGAGGUCUGCUGCACCGCGCCAAGCUCGACAACAACGAGCCACUCAAGCACUUCUCUGAGACUCUAGAGAGUGUCUGCAUCAACACCAUCGAGUCAGGCAUCAUGACCAAGGAUCUGGCUAUCUGCAUCAAGGGUAUGAAUAAUGUUAAGCGAUCAGACUACUACGAGACCUUCGAGUUCAUGGACAAGCUCGCCGAAAACCUGAAAAAGAGUUUGGGCAAAUGACUGAUUAGCUGUCACAAAAGUAAUUUGUAAUUUUAUACUUAUUAGUUAUUUUUACCAGUAAG